UCCUUUCUCCAUGACCGAGAUUUGCACCCAGAGGAGAGAGAACGAAUGAGCCUGUGGUCAUGGAGGGGCUGGAGUCAAAGAUGAGGUACCUGGGAACUGAGGCAGCUGUCUCAGCUUGGCCUGCCUCCUGGACCCCGAGGUUGGACCCUGCUGUGACACACCCACCAUGCGCCCACUCCUCAGUGGCCUACUGUGGCUUGCUCUGGCCUGUAGCCCGAACCCUGUUCGUGCCACCCUGUCAAAGUCGGAUGCUAAAAAGGCCGCCUCAAAGACACUGCUGGAGAAGAACCAGUUUUCAGACAAGCCUGUCCAGGACCGAGGCCUGGUGGUGACAGACCUCAAAGCCGAGGACGUGGUUCUCGAACAUCGCAGCUACUGCUCGGCGCAGUCCCGGGACAGGCACUUUCCUGGAGACGUCCUGGGCUAUGUCACUCCAUGGAACAGCCAUGGCUACGAUGUCACCAAGGUCUUUGGGAGCAAGUUCACGCAUAUCUCACCUGUCUGGCUGCAGCUGAAGAGACGUGGCCGUGAGAUGUUUGAGAUCACAGGCCUCCAUGACGUGGACCAAGGGUGGAUGCGAGCCGUCAGGAAGAAUGCCAGAGGCUUGCGCAUAGUGCCUCGGCUUCUGUUUGAGGACUGGACUUACGACGAUUUCCGGAACGUUCUAGACAGUGAGGAUGAGAUAGAGGAGCUCAGCAAGACUGUGGUCCAGGUGGCAAAGAACCAGCAUCUUGAUGGCUUCGUGGUGGAGGUCUGGAGCCAGCUGCUGAGCCAGAAGCAUGUGGGCCUCAUCCACAUGCUCACCCACCUUGCAGAGGCGCUACACCAGGCCCGGCUGCUGGCCCUUCUGGUCAUCCCGCCCGCCGUCACCCCCGGGACCGACCAGCUGGGCAUGUUCACACACAAGGAGUUCGAGCAGCUGGCCCCUGUGCUGGAUGGCUUCAGCCUCAUGACCUACGACUAUUCCACGGCACAGCAGCCUGGCCCUAAUGCACCCUUGUCCUGGGUCCGAGCCUGUGUCCAGGUCCUGGACCCCAAGUCCAAGUGGCGGAACAAAAUCCUCCUGGGGCUCAACUUCUAUGGGAUGGACUACGCGACCUCCAAGGACGCCCGGGAGCCCAUUGUCGGGGCCAGGUACAUCCAGACUCUGAAGGACCACAGGCCCCGGAUCGUGUGGGACAGCCAGGCCUCAGAGCACUUCUUCGAAUACAAGAAGAGCCGCGGCGGGAGACACGUCGUCUUCUACCCAACUCUGAAGUCCCUGCAGGUGCGGCUGGAGCUGGCCAGGGAGCUGGGCGUCGGGCUCUCCAUCUGGGAGCUGGGCCAGGGCCUGGACUACUUCUACGACUUGCUCUAGGUGGCCGCACAGCCUCCAGGGUGGACGUGUUCUCUUCUAAGCCAUGGAGUGACUGACAGUGUGAAAUACAGGCCUCCGCUCUGUUUGCUGUGA